AUGGUUGGUGGUGUCUGGGGAAGAGGAGGAGGAGGACAAGAGGGCAUGGAGUGGUGGUCAUGGAAGUGGUGUUUGUCCCUGGGCGUCACAGGGGCAUGCAUGCUCGCGGCGCUGAAGGUGUUGCACUUGCUGUGGUGGCGGCCGAGGAAGCUGGAGGAACACUUCGCAAGACAAGGGAUACGAGGACCCCGGUACCGCUUCUUCACCGGCUGCGUCAAGGAGAUGGUCGGCCUGAUGCUGGAGGCCUCCUCCAAGCCGAUGAUGCCGCAGAACUCCCAUAACAUCCUCCCAAGAGUCCUCCCCUUCUACCACCAUUGGAAGAAGAUCUAUGGCUCCACAUUCCUGCUAUGGUUCGGGCCGACGCCACGCCUCACCGUGGCCGAUCCCGACCUCAUCAGGGAUGUCUUCUUGUCGCGAUCGGACGCCUUCGAGCGGUAUGAGGCCCACCCGCUGGUCCGGCGGCUUGAGGGCGAGGGGCUGGUGAGUCUCCGAGGGGAGAAGUGGGCUCGUCACAGGAAGGUCCUCACCCCAACCUUCCACAUGGAGAAUCUAAAGCUUCUGAUACCGUUUGUCGGGAAGACGGUGCUGGGCAUGGUGGAGAAGCUGCCGUCCUCCGGCGAGGAGGUGGAGAUCGAUGUGUCGGAGUGGUUUCAGACGGUGACCGAGGACGCCAUCACGCGGACCACAUUCGGCAGGAGCUACGACGACGGCAUGGCCGUCUUCCAGUUGCAGACGCAACAGAUGGCCUUCGCGGCCGAGGCCUUCAGCAAGGUCUUCAUCCCCGGCUACAGGUUCAUACCAACGAAGAAGAAUAGCAACUCGUGGAAAUUGGAGAAGGAGAUCAAGAGGAGUCUGAUCAGGCUAAUAGGCCGGCGGAAGGAGCUCCUCGAGCAGGAGGAAGAGAAGGGGAAGCCCGAUGGCGACGUGAAGGACCUGCUGGGCCUGAUGAUCGAGGCGAGCGGCUCGAAGCAGGGCACGGUCCCGGCGCCGGAGCGGCCUCCUCCGUCAUCGAUGUUCGCCGUGCGGGACAUCGUAGAGGAGUGCAAGACCUUCUUCUUCGCAGGGAAGCAGACGACCACCAACCUGCUGACGUGGACGACGGUGCUCCUGGCCAUGCACCCGGAGUGGCAGGAGCGCGCCCGGGCGGAGGUCCUCCGCGUGUGCGGCCCAAUCGACCUCCCCUCUCGUCACCACCUCCCCAAGCUCAAGACGUUGGGGAUGAUACUGAACGAGACGCUGCGGUUGUACCCGCCGGUGGUGGCUACGAUCCGGAGGGCGGAGGCGGAUGUGGAACUGGGCGGGUACCACAUCCCGCAGGGGACGGAGCUGCUGAUCCCCAUCAUGGGCGUCCACCACGACGCGGGGCUGUGGGGCACGGACGUGGCCGAGUUCAACCCGACCCGGUUCGCGGACGGCGCCAGCCGCGCCGCGCGCCACCCCACCGCCUUCAUCCCCUUCGGCCUCGGCGCCCGGAUGUGCAUCGGCCAGAACCUGGCCGUCCUCGAGGCCAAGCUUACCGUCGCCAUCCUCCUCCAGCGCCUCGCCUUCCGCCUCUCCCCUUCCUACGUCCACGCCCCCACCGUCCUCAUGCUCCUCCACCCCCAAUACGGUGCCCCCAUCCUCUUCCGAUCGCUUCCUCGGCCAUCCCAUCCUUCCUAACCUUCUCCUGACACAAAUCUCUCCUCCUCCUUCCUUGUCCCUCGUAUGUGUCCACCAAACACUCAUCGUGGCCCUCCUCUAGCAUUGGCGUGUGCACUGCUAUCGUGUUAUAUCCCUGUCAUCAGCUUCUUCAUCUCUCUGCUCUCCGCAGCCAACAUUUCUCUUUCAGCCUUAUAGCUAUGGCCCGGAUAGAAUAGAACAGGAUGCCCUCAUAUCAAAUCGUGCAUUUGACUCGACGAUCAUCGAAAUGCAAGAAUCUAUUUUCUUGAGGUUGCAUUCGGUCAGUUUCCCUUAUCCUCUGUCUGUCGAUGAUCUAUGGGCAGAUGGAACAUCCAUGAACAUUCAGUAUCAAAUACCACCGACACCUUCAACAGCAGGGCACUUCACUCUCAUAGCAGAGCUGCUACUCUGCAGCUUAGCAUACUGCUGCAUGGGUUGUUUUUACACAUCUCUCUGCUAAACAUACUGCUGCAUGUGUUGUUUUUACACACCUCUCUCUCUCUCUCUC